ACCUAAUGAAAGGAACGAUGCGUUGAAGCGUGUUUGAUGGAUUGAAGAUGGGGAGGGCCAGGCAUGGCUGCCCACCUGACGAUAACCAGCGCACGGAUACCCUCUUCCGAUGCGCCAAUUUGUGGAGUCACGCUUGAACCCUAUGUCCUUAUCAGGAGGCCGGAUGGGCAGAGCUGUAAUGCAGAAGAGUGUCCGGAGGAGGGCUCUGGGGAUGCACGGUUCUCCCUGCGCUUCAGGUGGUACAGAAGUGUAGUCAACAAGGGGGGUCAUGUGUGCUUCAUCCACCAGGAUCGAGAGGCCACUUUGCAAUGCAUUCUCUGCCUCAGAGCAAAGGUGGAACUACGCAAAAGCUUCACCUGCUCUACGGACUGCCUGCGGCAACACUGGAAUGUGCACAAGAAUCUGCACCUGAACGGUCAGCAGCACAAGCAUGAGAAUGGGUAUGUGCACGAGAACUUCAAGGCCAGCAAUACCUUCAGCAAUGGAGGGGAGACGUGGAUGGAGGUUGGCAAGGGUCGCCUGUACACUCCAACUGAGGACGAUGUCGGAAGCGUUCUGAAGUGUGAGGUGGUCGCCAUUGAUACUGGCUCGCCCUACACUGAGUCUGGCAAGACGCACUCAAUCGCGACAUCCAGAGUGCGACCAGCUCCAUCGCCGCCCAGGCGCUCGCUUUCGGCGAUCAACCCGGCUCCCAAGAACAUCGUGAGCGCUGGGAAGUUCACGGCGCUGACCUACAACCUCCUGGCCGAUCUGUACGCCACGGCAGAGCAAUUCAGCUACUGCCAGCCGUGGAUGCUGGCGUGGGGCUACAGGAAGCAGAACUUGCUGAAGGAGCUGCUCAACUACAAUGCGGACAUCAUGUGCCUGCAGGAGGUUCAGAGCAACCACUACACCGAGUUCCUGCAGCCGGAGCUGGCCAAGGCGGGCUACACAGCCAUCUACAAGAAGAAGACGAUGGAGAUCUACACGGGGAACUCCUACGCCAUCGACGGCUGCGCCACCUUCUUCAAGACCGACCGCUUUGCGCUCGUCAAGAAGUACGAGGUGGAGUUCAACAAGGCAGCGCUGUCCCUGGCUGAGAGCAUCCCUCUGGACCAGCGAAAGGGCGCCCUCAAUCGCCUGCUCAAGGACAACGUGGCGCUGAUUGUGGUGCUGGAGGCGUUGGACCCGCCCAACCCGGACGCUGCCGCGCAGGGGCGCCGCCAGCUCAUCUGCAUCGCCAACACCCACAUCCACGCCAACCCCGAACUCAACGACGUCAAGCUCUGGCAGGUGAACACGCUGCUGAAGGGUCUGGAGAAGAUAGCAGCGAGCGCGGACAUCCCCAUGCUGGUGGCGGGUGACUUCAACAGCGUGCCGGGCUCCGCCGCGCACACCCUCCUGCUCAAGCGCGGAGUCGACCCCAAUCACCCGGAGCUGGCGAACGAUCCGCUGAACAUCUUCAAGGCGCCGAGCAAGCUGCAGCACCGGCUGGUGCUGUCGAGCGCGUACGCGGCCGGCCACGAGGCUGCCGCCGACGCCGAUCCGCGCCACCGCAGGCGCAACGACCACAAACACCACGAGCCCAAGUUCACCAACGUGAGCAAGGACUUCAAGGGCACGCUGGACUACAUCUUCUUCACCAGCGAGUCCCUGGUGCCUGUCUCGCUGCUGGACCUGCCGGACGACUCCCUGGUGCAGAAGGCCAAGGGCUCGGGUCUGCCCAACGAGCACUGGUCCUCCGAUCACAUCGCCCUCAUGUCAGAGUUCCAGUACAAGCAGGAGGCCGCCUGAGAGCCUGCUGCUCAGGCGGAGCGCAGGAGACUCGGACCUGCCUUCUGAGGCCCCCUGGGGAGUCUUCUGCUCAGGCGGAGAGGAGGAGACUCGGUUCUGUCUCUUGAGGCGGGCUGCGGACUUUGUGGCGCACUCCAAGCCAGCCAGUAGGCCUCGGUGCUUGUGGCUGCGCGCAUACCUUGUGGGUUUGGUUGCUGGCACGCUUGUGGCGCCUGGGCCUUUGGGAGAAGGAUUCUGCCACACUCAGGAGCACGGCAUGCCUGUGCUGAGACGCAAAUCCGCAUCAGGCGCUGCAUGUCUCACGGCAAUUAUUGUGGGACGGCAGUCGGCUGGUGUGUCUGAACUCUGACUGAAGAAGGCGCUUGGAGCCUGACCUCUUCCAAAGGAAUGUGUGGAAUGUGAGUAAGAGAGCCACUUCUCAGCAGGGUGUUUCAAUAACAGCGGCAGUGGGUGCAGCUCUUGGGGCACGUGCACGCCCUGCUGUAUGACUGGCUCUGCAUGGCAGGUUGCAUGAGGUGUUAUCUGUCAGAGGUACACUUGAUGCACAGCCAGACAUGUUGAACAGGGGAAUGGCAGUGGAAGGCUGUCCAAAGGGGAUCCUGCUGGACAUUUUAGUCUUGUGGGAGCGUUACGUAAGGCAUGUGAGAGGCGUUGACUAUUGUUUGACCAGCGAACAUAUUUGUGGUUGGGUGUUAAUCAGAAGCAAUGUCAAGAGAGCUGUCUGGUGCUGACUCGGCAGAAGCACUGCUGAGAGCUCUUCUGUGGUAGCAUCAGAGCUAUGACCGAUCUGUAAGGCCAAAAUUAAAUGCU